UGUAUGAUCUCUUGUUUUUUACUAAUGUGGCUGGGAGAUUAGUACAUAUGAAAAUGAAAUGUGCUACAUUGUAUAUAUAUAUAUCAAAUGCAUUGGUGGAAAAAAAAUACCAUUUUCCUGUCCUGCUAAGCAUUCAAAAUGUAACGAGUACUUUGGGUGUCAGGGAAAAUGUAUGGAGUAAAAAGUACAUUAUUUUCUUUAGGAAUGCAGUAAAGUAAAAGUUGUCAAAAAUAUAAAUAGUAAAGUACAGAUACCCCCAAAAAAUGACUUAAGUAGUAGUUUCAAGUGAUUUGAUUUGAUUAGAUUUUAGUUUCAAGUAUUUUUACAUAAGUACUUUACACCACGGAUCAAAUGUGGGUACAUUUUCCAGAUGUACAAAAUGUUCAUUAUGAAUUUGUAAAAUAUAUGAUGAACUCUGUAUUUAUAUCUAAUGAGAUGUGUAUUACAGUAUAUCUCACUAGUAAGAUAUGUACUCGGCCUAGUAUAUGUGGAUACCUAUUCUUUGAAACACAUUAGACAAACUUUUGCUAUCUAUCUUCAUUUGUUUUGUCGUGUAUGAUAUGUUUUUAAUCUUUCUUAUUACAAAGGCACCUGAAGAAAUAAUCCCAUACGAACCUGACAUUUAUCGACCACCAGUGGAGUUAUAUUCAUUUUUCACCAAUGUUGGAGAACUUCACGAUGAGCAUGGCUGGGAGUAUCACUCUGACCGGGGCAUGCACCAGAGUGACAUGUUGGAAAUCUCCACACAAGGGAAUCACCUGACAGAGCUCCAGAGUGUCCAUUCCCAACAGCUCCUCCACCCCUAUCGCUACCCCGAUACCGACACCCUCCACCUGCCAUUAGCAGACCCAGGACUGGGACGCUUAACCCCACAGAUGCCGUACUACAACCACACAGUGUAUUACCAGCAACAGCCUCCUGUGUCCCCUAGCUACUACUGCUCAGAGGAGGAGGAACCUGUGGGCCACAGUCCUCCACUGGAGGUAUCUGAGGGUGAUGAAGAGGACUACAGAGACCAUGUCCCCUUUGGGGGAGACUCCAGUAACAAGAGGAAGAUCCGGCUGUACCAGUUCCUCCUUGACAUGCUGAAGAACGGAGACAUGAAGGACAGUAUGUGGUGGGUGGACAGAGAGAAAGGAAUCUUCCAGUUCUCCUCUAAAAACAAGGAGACUCUGGCCAACCGCUGGGGCAUGCAGAAAGGAAACAGGAAGAGGAUGACAUAUCAGAAGAUGGCCAGGGCCCUGCGGAACUACGGCAAGACUGGAGAAAUCAGAAAGGUCAAGAAGAAACUGACCUACCAGUUCAGUCCGGAGGUACUGAGGAAAGUCUUGACUACAGAGAGGAGGCACUACCCUCACUAGUAGUACCAGAGAUUGUUCAUGUAAUGCCACUGUAUACAGGCUUUGGGAGUAGGCCUAACCUCACUGCUAUGUCUUGAAAAUAGGACAAUAAUGACUCUCUACUGUAAUUGUUUCUGGGGUAUCAUUUUAAAUGUAAUGAAAUACAAUCAGGUAUCAUUAAACAUGUUGAUGUUUAGAUUUUUGUUAUUGGUGUUAGCAUAUUCCAUGUUUAUUUAUUUACUUAACAAGUCGUCAUGUUUUGUGUUACAUAAUCUCACUCUUGACUCUGUCUUUGUGUCUGUGACGGAAAAAUAAAUAAAGUAUAUUUUCCAUAUGCUCUAGUUCCCAGAAAAUCUGUCAGUGGGAACGGAAGAAAGAUCAAAACCUCAAACAAUUGCAACAUUAGUCUAUUGUGACGGAGUAAAGAAGAGGCACAUAGUUACAGCAAUCCUUCCUGUUUCUCUGUUAUGUUAUUAUCUGCCUUCAACCUCGUCAUCUAUCUGAUCACGUCAGUUGUUGAUGAACAGGAAAGCCAUCACAUGUCAGUUUUGGGGUGUAGGCCUAGUUUGGACAAGAGUUCUGAAACAAGGGAUG